AUGAUUAAGAGCAAGAGCAAGAGCAAGAGCAAGAAGAAGACGAAAUUGGAUUUGAAGAACGGAGGGAUUCUAAUGGAGGAGCUAAUCGCUACCUUCGACGGCAAAACAAAUCCGAUUCGCUGCUUCUCCUCCGAUGAGAUCCUAAAAGCGACAGAUAAUUUCUCCGAGAGCCGAAUCAUCUCCAGCUGGGGAUACUUCAUCUGGUACACAGGCGUAAUCGAAGAACGACCAGUCUCGAUUAAGAAAUGGUCGAGCCAAAACCUCUCAAGCUUCACAGAAGCGUAUCGCGACAUCUCCGUCUCCUCUCAGAUGAGCGGCCACAGAAACGCUCUCAAGCUUCUCGGCUGCUGCUUAGAAUUCGAUCUCCCAGCUAUAGUCUGCGAGUACGCAGAACACGGACCGCUCAACAGAGACGGAGGAAUCUCAACCGGAGAGGCCUUGCCGUGGGAAGUGAGAUUGAAGAUCGCGAAAGAGAUAGCGAGUUCCGUGAGCUACCUCCACACGGCGUUUCCGGAGACGAUAAUCCACCGGAACAUAAACCCGACGAACAUUUUCGUCGACGAGGAUUGGACGGCGAAGCUUUCCGAUUUCUGGUUCUGCGUUGCGAUACCGGAAGGGGAGUUGUACGUGCAGGACGAUGUGAAAGGAGUGAUUGGAUUCGUCGAUCCGGAUUAUUACUGGACGAUGAAAGUUACGGAGAAAGUUGAUAUUUACAGCUUUGGUGUUGUGAUGUUGGUGUUGUUAUCGGGAAGAGCUGCUGUGUUUGAUGGACCUGGGGAGACUCCUAUGUCGCUUAACGAUCAUGUGGGUGAGGUUAUGGAGAAAGGUGGGUUUGAAGAGAUUGUUGAUAGAGAGAUUUGGAAUGUUGGGGAUGGUGGUGAUUUGGUUAAGAGACGGUCACAGGUUGAGGCGUUUCUUAGAUUGGCGUUGAGAUGUGUUAGAUACAAGAAGGAGGAUCCAGUUAGUGGUAUGAUUGAAGUUGCUAAAGAGCUCAAAUUUAUUGAGAAAUUCUCUUGA